UUUGGUUGUCUAAGAUAAAAACGACUUUAGGUCGAAGUAGUAGAAGUGUAUAAGGUAGAGAGCAGUUGUUUUGGAUUUGAUUCCUUUAAAUUACUGUUUAACAUGUUUUAUUUUCACAUUUAAAUUAAAAAAAAAAGUUAUUCCAGUGUGUAUUGUACGUAUAGUUUAACGAAAAGGAUCUACCCUCAUAAAUUUGUCAUUUACAUUAAAUUUUGAUCGAUUUAGACGACAAUUUUUUUUUUAUUGAAAGUUUAUUUUAUUUUUGGUGUAUGCCUGACCCUUUAACUAUCAAUAAAGUUACCUAAAUUGACGUUUACCCAAUCAUCAACCAUCAACGUCAUCAAACAAGUUUUUAGUCAUAAUGACGACACCGGAGCAGUAGGUACGAUCAAGUACGAUUUGUCCGUCAAAACCGGUAUUUUAGGUUACCCGUGAAGAAGCGAGUACCGUGAUGUCUUAUUAAUAUUUAUCUCGUUUUAAACGUCAUUUAAAUAAGUGAAAGUGCUAACAAUGUGUGAAGGUUGUGCGAAACCUUUUUUGUAUUUAUUUGGAUUCAAACCACUCUCGAUAUGGGUUUCUCUGAACAUGAUCGUCGCAGAAGCGUGGAGGUCGAGCUACCUCUUCUGGGUGUUCCCGCUCCUCAUCGUGCUGGUCAUCCUCGCUAUUCUGGGCGUCUUCACCGUUCUACUUGGAAUCAGGUUAUACGCGCAAUACACCUGCGGUCGCUACCGCGGUAAAGCCAGGAUGGACGGCAAGACAGUCAUCGUGACCGGCUGCACCAGCGGCAUUGGCCGGGAGACGGCCAAGGAGUUGGCCAAGCGGGGCGCUACGGUCAUCAUGGCUUGUCGGAAUGUGGAGGCGGCGGAGAAGGUUAAAGAGAAAAUCAUCGACGCGACAAAGAACUCCAAAGUCGAGGUAAAGAAGCUGGACCUCAGUUCCUUCUCCUCUAUCCGCGCCUUCGCCGAAGACAUCAACAAAAACGUACAGAAACUGGACGUGCUCAUCCACAACGCCGGCUACGCUGAGACCUUCAAGAGAAACAAGUCCCAGGAUGACAUAGAAUUAACCAUGGCUACCAAUCAUUACGGUCCUUUCUUGCUAACACAUCUUCUUAUUGAUUUACUGAAGAAAAGCGCACCAUCAAGGAUUAUCGUCGUAGCUUCAUCUCUAUACCGUCUAGCUACUUUUAAUCUUGAAAACCCAAACCCCACUUCCACUUUACCCGGUUAUUUGUACUAUGCGUCCAAGGAAGCUAAUAUACUCUUCACCAAAGAGCUGGCAAGACGUUUAGAAGGUACCGGAGUUACAGCCAACUGUCUUCAUCCAGGCAUGAUUGACAGUGGAAUUUGGAGGUCCGUCCCUGCGCCUUUAAGCUGGGGUCUUUGGGCUAUCAACAAAUGCUUCUUCAAGACGCCAUUCCAGGGGUGUCAGACAUCAGUCAUGUUGGCUGUAGAUGAACAGCUUGAGAAGGUUACUGGAAAGUAUUAUUCAGAUUGUGCAGAGAGCGCGUUGUCGGAGUCAGUUUCUGAUCCGCAAAGGGCGAGAAAGCUUUGGGAAGUGUCGGAGAAGAUGGUGAAACUUGAAGAGAAUGAUCCGAGGAUUGAAGCCGGAGUACAGCAAUAAGAUCAUAUUAAAAUGGCACCACGAAAAUGAAACAGCGGACAUCUUUUACAUUUUAAACUAGCGUCGGGGAUUUCGACAGUAUAGAUAUUCUUGGAAUGAGAAAUAGCAAAGCACUUUAGUUUUUUUUUUCAAUAGUUAUUCAUCAGACAAGGCCUUUUGAUUUGUCUGAUUUAUUAAUUUAAUCAGUAGGUAGGUCUCCAACGCGAUGUCGCUUGUUGUAUCAUGGCGACCCUGUGAGAGCCCUGUCUUUGGAGAUCUUCAAAAGAUGUAAAGUAAAUAAAAGUGCCAGUUUUACGGCUUGCUGGCGUUAUUACAUAGAGUCAAACCAAACUAAGUUGGCAACGAUAGCCCAGCCUGUGCAAGUGUUAAAUAAACGUAUUUCAUAGAAGAUUUACGUUUAAAAUAACACUUGCGCUGUAUGGGUUGUCUAAUUCGCUGCCAACUUAUCUUGGUCUUACUAUAUUUUAAAAUUCGUUGAUGUUCUCUUUUAGUUGAUGUUCUCACUAGAAGUGGAAGGCUCAAGUAGGUUUACGUGUAAUGUUUAUAUAAUAACUAUUUAAGGAAUAACAUUAUAUUGGUGAGCAAUGAAGAAUAUUUGUAUUAUAUAAAGAAGUUCCAUUAUACAUAUGUUUCAUAUUCUGAGCAUUAUUUUUCAAUAUUUGACAAAGAUGAAAAUUCAUGUAAAAUUAGGUACAAUUACGCUAAUCUUUUAAUAAUAAGAUAUUAACUUAUUUUUGGAAAUAUUUUAUUUACAUUAAGGUGUUUUAUUGUUGCAAUAAACAUUUUCAUAAAA